ACUUCCGGGCUUGACAUGGGGCGGGGGCGCUCAGAGCCCUCGGCCUCCGCGUGCGCGUCUAGGGGGCUCCGCGCCCCUGAUAACCCGGCCAGUGGGGAGGACAAACUGCGCCCAGCCGCCGCCUGCCACCCAAUGGCGCAAGGACAGGCUGUGCGCAUGCGCUCUACCUCUUCCCGAGCUCAGCCCGACUCAGCCCGAACCUCUCCGAGCGCCUUCGGGUAUCUCCGGCGGCCAGAAAGAGGAGGGAGCCGAGGGUGCGUGCGCGGUGCAUUGUGGGGCGGCAAGGAGCCGAGUCACCGCUGGGUUGGAGCCGCCAUCUUGUCUCCGACCGGAUUCGCUGCCGCCUCCGGGGCCUGCUCCUUCUCCUCAGUGAGCCAGGCGGGGGAGAGGCCCAGCCAGGCUGAUGCGCGCGUCCCCUCGCGCCUCUCUCAGGUGCCGCUAGCGUCCAGGCUUCGGGCGGGGCGGCCGCGGCCGGGGGGCUCCGCCAUGGGUCGGUCCCGCAGCCGGAGCUCGUCCCGCUCCAAGCACACCAAGAGCUCCAAGCACACCAAGAAGAACCGGAGCCGCUCGCGGUCCCGCUCCCGGGAGAAGGAGCGGGCGCGCAAGCGCUCCAAGUCCCGGGAGACCAAGCGGAACCGGCGCCGCGAGUCCCGCUCCCGGUCCCGCUCCAACACGGCCCCCUCGUCCCGCCGGGAGCGCGAGCGGGAGCGCGCCUCGUCCCCCCCGGACCGCAUCGACAUCUUCGGGCGCACGGUGAGCAAGCGCAGCAGCCUGGACGAGAAGCAGAAGCGGGAGGAGGAGGAGAAAAAAGCGGAGUUCGAGCGGCAGCGGAAAAUACGCCAACAAGAAAUUGAAGAGAAACUCAUAGAGGAAGAGACUGCCCGAAGAGUGGAAGAGCUUGUGGCUAAGCGUGUAGAGGAAGAGCUGGAGAAACGGAAGGAUGAGAUUGAGCGAGAGGUUCUCCGCAGGGUGGAGGAGGCUAAGCGCAUCAUGGAAAAACAGUUGCUCGAAGAACUCGAGCGACAGCGACAAGCUGAACUUGCGGCACAAAAAGCCAGAGAGGAGGAAGAGCGUGCAAAACGUGAGGAACUAGAGCGAAUAUUAGAAGAGAAUAAUCGAAAAAUUGCAGAAGCACAAGCUAAACUGGCUGAAGAACAAUUGAAAAUUGUUGAAGAACAAAGAAAGAUUCAUGAGGAGAGGAUGAAACUAGAACAAGAGAGGCAACGUCAGCAAAAGGAAGAGCAAAAAAUGAUCCUGGGCAAGGGAAAGUCUAGGCCAAAACUGUCCUUCUCACUAAAGAGCCAGGAUUAAAUUGGAACUCUGAACUCUUAAAAAGAAAAAUGAAACAGAAAAACUUUGUAUGGUAGCUUCAUGUUGAAGUGGUUUCUUUCACUAUAUUUUUUUUUUUUUUUUUUUUUUGGUCUUUUUUUGAAAGUCUGGAAAGUUAGCUUGUUCUAAUAGGGGCUGUGCUCUGCAAUUCUUAAUUUUUUUUUAACUUCCAUUAAGUUAAAUUCUUAUCAGAUCACUGUUGCCUUUUAGAGAGUAAUCUGUUCUCAUCCAUUUUAUUUCUGUAAUAGUGGUUUGAAGCAGAUCAGGUCACUUUAUAAAUUGUGUAUGAUCUGAUAAGGUUUUUACUGACCCACUGAUCUCAGAGUUAUACUCUGAUAUUAGACCGAAUUUCAUGCUGGUUUUGCUGACUUUUUUAAUAACAAAAAAAGUUAGUACAUGCAUCAGUAAAUUCCCAAGUACUACUGGACCUCUGUGGUUUAUUGUUAAAUCAGUGUCCUAUGAUACUGUCCCACUGUUGCACUUGAUGUUCCCGAUACAGGUAAGGAAACAGUUGGUCAAUUCUGCUAUGAAUAUAUAGAAAGAUUGAGAGUUCAGUAUUGUCUCUUAGAUUGUUUUUAUUACAUUGACAAAAUUCAACCAGCAUUCCCCAUUGUGUAAAUAAACCAAUUUGCUGAAUAAAGUAAAGUCUUAAAUUCAUAUGUUUAAGUAAAUUUUUUUAGUACACUUAUAUAACUACAGUAAGAGUGACAGUUCACUUUCCUAAAUUCAAACAUAUAGUGGUAUUUUUUAAGUUCACUUCAAAAAAAAUUGUUGCUUUUCCUACCUCUAAUGCAAGGAUUACACAGACAGUUAAAAAACCCACAGUUUUUAAUAUUUUUUUAAUGGCUGUUGCUAUUUUCAUUAAAUGUUGGUAUUAUUCUGACAGAGACUUAUUUUGGCUUGUUUAGCUUACUGAACCCAGAAAAGUACUUUAGUAUCUAAUCCCCUUGAGUUUGCCUCAUUAUAUAGAAUGUUAUAUAAUUUAGGGUCAUCACCAUAUAUAGUGGAUCUGAUAGAUUUAGGAAGGGGAAAACAAACCCUAUAUAUAUUUAUUUUUAAAUUGAAGGGCAAGCACACUUGCGAGGUAAUGGAAAGCAGAAAGUGAAGUUCUGUUUAAAUACAUUGUUUUAGGCACAAAGCAACUGUUGUUCAUGUGCAGCAUCCUGAAUGUUAUCCAUUUAUAUACAGGUUUUAUUCUGACAAAUGAAAACACAGAUUGAAAACUAUAUAUAAAAUCCCCUUUUGUAUGUAACUCUUCUGCUGAAACUUCAGCUACUGUAGUGUCCAGUUCUAAAAUUCCAUUUUUCCUAUUGCUAUUACAACAUCUAUAGUGAAUACUUUAAAAUGAAAGAUCGUAAUUGUUGACUAAACAUUUGAAGAUUUUCCGGACUAAGAGGGAAAGAAUUCCUGAUACUUCACCAGAUCUGUUUCUGUGGAUUUGAUAAAUAAAAUGUAGCAGGUUGAAUGUGUCACUGUAACAGUAUGCAGCAAUCUUUGUCUGGAACUUGGAGUCGGGCGCAGAUUGACACUUUUCGCUUUGCCCUGAGCAUCACGAUAAGCAUGAAGAUAUAAAAUACCUACAACAGUACUUGUACUUAAAUUUGUCUUUAUAAAUUGUUACAGAAAUAGUGUUGCUUAAUGAGUAAGCACACAAACUGAAGCCAAACAAUGUACAUGACCUGUAGCAAACAUCAGGCUUUAUUUAAAAACUCAACUGAUACCUGUAUUUCUAAAAUAUAAAACUUCCCCUUGUUCCCUAUAUGAGAAACAAGCUAUUAAAAAAUCAAUACUUAAACA